CUGCUCCCCGUCCCCUACUGACGAUCCAUCUCUCUCUCUCUCUCUCUCUCUCUCUUUCUCUCUCUCUCUCUCUUUCUCUCUCUCUCUCUCUUUCUCUCUCUUUCUUCCUCUGGGGAUUCUGCGCGAAUACGCGAGCAGAAAGUAACCACCUGUCAAUUAGUCAAUUAUUUGUGUCCUCGUGUCUUCCAUCGGCUUCACGCGAGUGUGUGUCUCGCCGGACUUGGUUAUAGUUCGCAGUCGCUACAGCUGUUCGAGUCUAUGUCUCCGUGGACCGGCAGCGGCGGCCUCAGCCCGACUCACGGCAGCCCAGCUUCCUCCGAGGGAAUCGCCGACCAAUUCGACCGUCAACCGGCCUCCUUCAGAUGAUGCCCGUGAUCUCGUGACCCCGCAUCUACGCUACUUAGCAUCAGAUACAACUCCGCUGUCGCUGCUGCAUCCGAUAGCUACGAUGGGACAGUCAUCGAGCAACGGUACUGGCCACAGCGCGCCCAGGUCCAGCAACAGCGUGACCAACAACCUACCGCCGCUGACCUUUCACCAGGUGCACGGCGACAACAUACGGCUGUGCAACGGCAACACCAUCGCCAAGAGGCACGAGAGCUUCUGCAAGGGCGUGACCUUCAGCGCCAGGCCUGUGCGCGUCGGCGAGAAGGUGUGCGUCAAGUUCCUGGAGAUCUCGAACAACUGGAGCGGCGUGAUCCGCUUCGGCUUCACCAGCAAUGACCCGGUCAACCUGCGCAACGGCCUGCCCCGCUACGCCUGCCCCGACCUCACCAACAAGCCCGGAUACUGGGCCAAGGCGCUGGCCGAGCGCUUCGCCGAGCGCGACACCGUGCUGUUCUACUACGUGACCUCGGCCGGCGACGUGCACUUCGGCGUGAACGGCGAGGAGAAGGGCGUCUUCUUCAGCGGCGUGGAGACGCGCGGCCCGCUCUGGACGGUCAUCGACGUCUACGGCAACAGCACGGCCAUCGAGUUCCUCGACCCCAACCGCCAGCACUUCAACAACGCGCGGCGCAGCGCCGAGGCGCAUAGCAACGAGGACAACGCGGCGCAGCACGCGCGCCUGCAGGAGCGCGCCCAGAGCCAGGAGCGCCUCGUCGUGCCGGGCAUGCAGCAGCUCAGCCUCCAGUCGCCGGUGCCCGAGCAGCCCGACCUCGAGCUGCCCGGGCUGCGCUUCCAGCCGCAGGGCGUGCUCUUCGCGCCGCUGCCCUUCCACCCGACCCGCGGGCGCAACGUGCACUUCAGCAACCAGCAGUGCGUGGCCACGCGCACCGACACCGAGUUCUGCCACGGCUACGCCUUCACCGGGCGGCCGCUGCUGCUCGGCGAGCGCCUCGUGGUGCAGGUGCUCAGUGUCGAGCCCAUGUACAUGGGCGCGCUCGCGCUUGGCCUCACGUCCUGCGACCCGGCCACUCUCAGCGCCGACGAUCUGCCCGAGGACAGCGACCAGCUGCUCGACCGGCCCGAGUACUGGGUGGUCAGCAAGGACGUCGCCUCCUCGCCGCAGCCCGGCGACGAGAUCGCCUUCACGGUCACGCACGCCGGCCAGGUACAGAUGAGCAAGAACGGCGGACCCACCAGCGUGGUCAUGCACGUGGACCAGAGCCUGCAGCUGUGGGCCUUUGUGGACGUGUACGGAAGCACGCAGCGCGUGCGCAUGCUGCACAGCCGCGUGGCACCGGGCCCGGGCUCGCCGCCGCGGGCGCAGCGCCCGGCCCAGCCGGCGCCCCCCGCCCCGCUGCCCGCGCCCGCCGCGCUGCCCGCGGCCGCCCUGCCGCCCGCCGAGCACUCGCGCUUCGAGAUGCAGGUGAAGCCCGCGGCCGGUGGCGGCACCGUGCUGGUCGUCAGCCUGCCACCGCAGACCGGCUACGCGGCCGCGGCCGAGGGCCUCUACGGGCACGCGCGGCGCGCCGCCCGGCCGGCCGCCGACGGUGCCGCCUCCGCCUACGCGGAGCCGCUGGGCGCCUUCGAGGCGGCCAGCCCCGCGGCCGCGCCGGCCUCCGCCGCCCCGGCACACCUUCAGCAGUGGCGCGAGGGCCUGCAGCCCAUGGCCGGCCAGCCCAGCGAGUGCUCCAUCUGCUACGAGCGCGGCAUCGACAGCGUGCUCUACAUGUGCGGCCACAUGUGCAUGUGCUACACCUGCGCCAUCCAGCAGUGGCGCGGCAAGGGUGGCGGCCACUGCCCGCUGUGCAGGGCGCAGAUCCGCGAUGUCAUUCGCAUCUACCGAUCCUGAAGAGGCACGCGCCGCCGGUCGAGCUCGCCCGUGCCAAAGCCGCGCCGACGAGCGCGAGCGCUCGGCUUCUCCGUCUUUUUGUACAGCUUACGCCUGCGUCCGUAUGCGAGAGUGCAAGUGAGAGCCGAGCGAAUGUCCGAUGCUAAACUGCGCCACCGACCAGUGUGCGCGCAGCGUGCCUCACUAGAUGUAGAUCGUUGGGGAGACCCGGUAUUCCUUCCGCCCGGUGCGCCGGCGAAAUUGUAUCUACCGCGAACGCACGAGCGCGCACACCGACUGUCCACGAAUGCAGAUGCACACUGCGCUGACUCGAGUGUCGCUGUCCGCAUCAACCAAAGAGAUUGCGCGUGGCGAGUCCUCGCGGGCGCGAGUUGAGUCGUCGGCGUCGAGACGGCGCGCCGUCACCGCCGGGGUGAUGGGCGACCAUACGAUUCGCGCUUCUAUCCUACCGAGCCGCUUUAUUUUUUCAACGCAUAGUCGAGAGGCUCUUUCCUGCGUGAAAGGCCGUGCCUUAAAAGACGUACGAUGUACGCGACUCGCCGAGUGACCGACAACAGCCAGCCAACCGUCACAGCUAUUUACAUUCGAACCGUUGAACGCACACCGUGACGCCCAAUCUUUCCUUUUUAUAUAAUUAAAUAGCUGACUCGACUUGAUAAUAAAGGAGAAACUAUUAGAUUUCGAUGAAUAUAAUGUGUAACGAGCGAUAGAGAGCGUGAAAGAGAGCGAGCGAGUUUUUAAGCAACGGUUUCAUGCAGAUGGACAGAUAGAGAGCGGGAAAUGUGUUACUGAAAGCGCGCAAUAAUAUGCAGUGAAAUCUCUAGUCUAGCGAGCGGCAGCCGCUUAUGUAGUAUGUCUGCCAAUCCAAAUACAAUCGAAAAAGAACAUUCACAACAUUUCGUUUCUUUUUUGGUUUUUUCUUUUAUUUGACGUCUUCUUUUAUUGUUUCUUUUUUGUUCUUCUUCCUUUUUACGUGCCGGACUACACGAUGACGAGAGAUUUUAUCGAAAAUUAUAAAAACAUUUUAUUUGAUACAACACUGUCGGUCUUUUAUGAUUGGAGACAUCGCAAGGAUGAGAGUGAAAGAAAGAGAACGAAUGAAUGAUUGGUAUGCAAUGAUAUUACGACAAAUCUAUGGUAAUCAAUGUGGAAACGAUGUUCCGAAUUUUUCUAGUUAUGUAAAAAGGGUCUUAUCGAGUCAUUGGCAAAGG